UCAAAUUGUUCAAACUUGCAUCUUUCUUACAAUAUUCAAUUAUUCAUCAUAAUAAUUCAAUCACCAAAUUCCUCAAGAGUAAGCAACUAAUUGUCCUUUGUCCUUCCUGCAAUUCCCAAGAAACUAGUAAUGGUCAAGUAGCAAGCAAUCAAAGAACAACAUGGAAAAAUUUAUGCAGCAAACUGUAGCUGAUUUUUCAGACAAUACAGGUCUUCCAGACCACCUAAUAGUAAACCACAUCCUCCCAAAAUUACCGGUAAAACCUCUGAUUCGUUUUAAAUGUGUUUCAAAGUUGUGGCUUUCUACUAUUUCUAGUCCUAAAUUUGCAAAAUCUCACCUCAAUGUUUCCUCGUCUUUUCCCCUUCAAUUACUCCUUCUUACUGAUAAUCCAUUCAAGUCCAUGUUAUUACCUUAUGACGAGUUCAACAAUCUUAAAGAACCUGUUGAAAUGGAUUUAAAUCUUGAUGUGUGUGUACAGGAACACUUAUCAGACUGUGAGUUUGCUGGUUCUUGUAAUGGUUUAAUUUCCUUUUGUGGUAUAAAUUCAGAUGAUGUACAUUUCUUUUUUAUUUGCAAUCCUUCUCUGCCUCAACAACACCGCGAAAUCAUAUUUCCGAGUUCUGAAUACUCCCCUAAAGGUCAUUGGUUUGGUUUUAUACCAUCAAUUAAUGAGUACAAGAUAGUCGCGUUGUUGUUGUGUCAUGGUAAUAAUAACAAUGAAUCUUCGUUACAUUUUUAUGUGUUUUCAUUAAGCACUGGAAAAUGGAAAAGAAUAUACGAUCUUGAUGACUUUUUUACCGUCUAUGAAACAAUAAGCUGUGGUGAGACCGCGAUGAUUAAUGAUGUUCUGUAUUGGUCUCUCCGAUUUCCUGAUAGUACGGAUGGACCUAAACGCGUUAUUGGGUUUGAUUUAGUUAAUGAAAAAAUGAAACAAUUCCCUUGGAUGGAUUGGUUAAGUGACUACAGUUGUGCAGAGUUUUUCAUAAUGAAUGGGUGUUUGUCAUUACGAUGCAACCGGUCAAGCGAUGGUGUUUCUGAUGUUUGGACGUUGAAACAAUACGAUGACUGGAGUUCUUGGGAGAAAUUGUUUUCUAUCCAUGUUCCAGUCAUGAAUGUUUUAAGCAUCACUCCCACAGGCAAGUUUUUGAUACAACAAUAUUCCACGCACCAAAAUAUGAAACAGAUCAUGAUGAUUGACCCAAGUAAGGAUGAUCAAGAACAAAUCCAAGGGAAUACUUAUUGUCCUGGUGAAGUAAACAUUUGGGACGCGGUAACUUAUGUUGAGAGUCUUAUUUCGCCUUUUGAAACAAAUCAAGUCCACUAAUUAAUGGGGAAGUUAAGACUGAAGUUUGAUCAUAUGGUCAUUGUUUUAGUGUUAAUGUGGGUGGGCUAGCUAAUAGCUAUGUAUGUUUUAAUUCUUCUAUGUACGUAGUAUUAGGUUUUCUUCACAGUGUAAUGUUCUUGUUUUUUUUUUUUUUGAUAGUGAAAUGUUCUUCACUGUUCUUGUUCGAAUAUUUUUGGCUGGGUUUUCGGCUUUCUAUAAUUGUUGUAUUGCUUGUAUUUCAGAAACUAGUUUAGACUCAAAAUCUUUUGAUCGUAAACUACUACUAAGCAUGUAAGCAUUCACGCGCGGAGUAUGUCGAUCUUAAUUGUGCGACAGAAAGCCUUCUCAUCAAAUCAUUUCAUUGUAUUCUUGAUGCAGAUUGACAGGACGACUCAGGGUCUCUAAUGUUAUGUAACGUGAAUGCUUUUGAGACUUAAAUGGUUAGACCUCGAUUAGAUAUUUCUUUGUAAAAUUAAUGUAAGCAAAUUUCAUGGUGGUGGAUGGAAAUCGAUAGUGACA